AACGUCUACCAUAACACUAGCCAAAGCCAAACCAAACACAUCAUCUCUGUCUUUCUCUCUCCAAUCGGCCACGAGAAUUACCAGCUCUGCGAUGAUUUAUGAUGUGCCAGUUUGCAGCCAUUAAUGGUGGAGUGGUUAGCGAGAUCUUGAAAGAAAGCCAAUCGGAGGAAACUCGUGGUUAGGAUUGAAACACCGGGUAAAGCUUGUUUCUAUUGUGUUUAGGGAGGAGAAGAAUUUCGAUUUCUUUCUGUUUUGUUGUUAGACACUGAGAGCAGAAAUGGCGGACGAAAGUCGGGAGAGAUUAUUGAAGGAAGAGCAUUAUUACCACGAGAAUUGUCCUGGAUGCAAGAUGGAACAGGAAAAUCAACUGCACCGUGGCUUUCCUUUCCGCCAACUUCUUAUGAUUUCGCUUAUUGUUCUAGUUACUGGAUUGCCGAUAUCAGCAUUUUUCCCAUUCCUGUACUUCAUGGUUCGGGAUUUUAAUAUUGCAGAAAAUGUAGAAGAUAUUGGAUUCUAUGCUGGUUUUAUCGGAGCUUCUUUCAUGAUUGGCAGAGCAUUAACAUCUGUUUUCUGGGGAAUAGUGGCUGAUCGCUAUGGUCGAAAACCUGUUAUUCUUUUUGGAACUUUUAUAGUGUUUAUAUUCAACACCCUAUUUGGCCUCAGUUUAAAUUACUGGAUGGCUAUUAUCACCAGGUUUCUUCUUGGAAGUUUGAAUGGCAUACUUGGACCAAUAAAGGCAUAUGCGAGUGAAAGUGUUAAUGAAGAGUAUCAAGCCAUCGCUAUGUCGUCUAUUAGUACAACAUGGGGAAUCGCAUUGAUAAUUGGCCCGGCUAUAGGAGGGUUUCUUGCUCAGCCAGCAGAGAAAUUUCCUGGCAUUUUCUCCAGUGAGGGUUUGUUUGGGAGAUUUCCAUACUUCCUGCCCUGUCUGUGUAUAUCACUCCUUGCAUUAGUUACAGGAAUAAUCUCUCUUUGGCUUCCGGAAUCACUGCACACACACGAUAAAGAUGCUCCAUCACCUUGUAUAUCAUAUGAAGCCUUGGAAGAUCAACCUGGUGAUUGUAAUGGAAAUGGAGCAACCUUAACAAACAAAAGAAAAGAACUGUCUUCUAAGCCAAGUCUCUUCAGGAAUUGGGAGUUAAUGUCAGCAAUCAUUGUUUAUUGCAUAUUUUCGCUUCAUGAUAUGGCUUAUGUGGAGAUAUUUUCACUCUGGACUGUCAGUUCUCGUUCGCUUGGUGGUUUGAGCUUUACAUCUGGGGAUGUUGGAGAAGUUCUCGCCAUUACAGGUUUCAGCCUUCUUGUGUUUCAAUCUGCUUUAUACCCCUAUGUGGAGAGGAUAUUUGGACCCAUAAUGGUAUCUCGUAUUUGUGGAAUACUGUCGAUCCCAAUGCUGGCAGCUUAUCCCUUUUUAUCCCUGUUAUCAGGAGCUGUCCUUCACACUGUUGUAACUCUUGCAUCAAUCUUGAAGAAUCUUCUCUCUGUCUCCAUUAUAACUGGUUUGUUCAUCAUACAAAACAGAGCCGUGGAUCAAAACCAGAGAGGGGCUGCUAAUGGCAUCGCUAUGACGGGAAUGUCUCUUUUCAAGGCAAUUGGUCCAGCUUCCGGUGGUGCAUUACUCUCUUGGUCACAGAAGCGUCUAAAUGCUGCUUUUCUCCCAGGUCCCCACAUGAUUUUCUUCAUCCUAAAUGUGAUAGAAGCAAUUGGAGUGGUUUUGACAUUCAAACCGUUUCUUGUUCCACGUCAAAACUAGACCAAAGUUGAACCACAUUACUGCUCAAACAAAUAGCUGCAUCAAAAUCUCGACCUUUUCGUCGAUUCUUCAUCAGCAAUUCACAAAAGAUCCUACAAUCUCUUCAGGCCCGUGGCCCCUUCCUAGUCGAACCAAGCAUAAUUAUCAACAUAUAUAUUGUUAUUGACUGGCACCUAAUCAAGGUACAGUUCUUGAGUUACUACAAUGUAUAAAUUGUAUUUUAAUUCAUAUGUAACCUCAAAAGCCCAUUGUAUUCACUUUCUACCAUAGUUUUAGAUGUUCCAGAAGGCUUCACCAUUCAAAUUUUGAUAAUUCAUGAAUCACAUGGAUGAGUUUUUAAACUAUUAGCA